AUGUCCGCCGCGUCGGGACUGCAGCGGCGCCGGGCGCCGGGUGGUGAAGCGCGGACAGGGACGCCGUAUGCUUCGGAUGACGAGGAUGACGUGGUGCGUGGGCGCAGCGCGCAGCGCGUCAAGGACGGCAUUGUCGAGCGGAGCGCCGGCAGCGGCUCGAUUGCUGCGAUCGACACACGCUCGGGGCAGCGCUACGCAUACGACCCCCGGGACGUGGGCGACGAGCGCGAGAUGCUGUCGCACCCCCGCCUGACGCUGAUGGAGGAGGUGCUGCUGCUUGGCCUCAAAGACCGCCAGGGCUACCUCUCGUUCUGGAACGAUAAUAUCUCGUACACGUUGCGCGGCGCGAUUCUGAUGGAGCUCGCGCUGCGUGGCCGUAUUGCAGUCGCACGCAACGGCGAGCAGAAGCGCUUCGAGGUGGCAGACCGGCUUGUAGAAGUGCGCGACGCAAAAAAUACCGGCGAGCCGCUGCUCGACGAGACGCUGCGCAUGAUCAAGAGCAGCCCCCCCGCAGGGAUUGCCGAGUGGAUGGACCUACUGAGCGGGGAAACAUGGAACGUAAUGAAGCUCAACUUGCAACUGAAGCAAGUACGUGAGCGCCUCGCAAAAGGGCUCGUCGAUAAGGGGGUGCUGCGCACCGAGAAGCGCAACUUUUUGCUGUUUGACAUGCCGACGCACCCCGUCGCGGACCCCUCUUUGAAGGAUGCGGUACUGCGACGCCUGUACGCCAUGAUCACCUCCAAGUCGCAGAGCGUGCACCCCGACGAGUACUACAAGGAAGAAAAAGGCCAGAUUGCACUGCGCAUUACACGCACGCUGUGUAUGGUAUGCUGUGCGUACUGCGGCAAUGUGCUCGACAACACCCUCGCUCAUCUCCCUUCCGAAACACACGAGGAGGCAUUCCAGCGCGUCGUGUCGCUCCUCGUGUCGUUUGGCCAGUGGCCCAUGGCGCCAGACACGCCGGGCGGCGGCCUGCCGGGGCGCGGCACCGCCACAUCUUUCUCCAGCGCAAGUGCGCCCAAGAAAAAGACCAAGCACAAGAUCGGCGCGGGCGACGCGGACCUCGUCCUGGCCAUGCGCCGCGAGCUGGAGCAGAGCAGCAGCGAGUCGGCAUUCGAGGUCAUCGCUGGUGUUCUCAAUGUAUUUGUGCGCAUGGACGCACUGGUGUAG